AUGGCUUCUACCGUACUCGCUGAAAAAGAUUCCGAGUUUUCUGGCGCUUACAUCUUUUGGUUUGGUGAGGACAACACCAAGGCCGCCACAAAGAACUCCAUAAAGACACUCAACUACGACCCUGUUCAAGAUUUUCUCAAAGCCCCAGGCGCACGCAACCGCGUCGAUGAUAUGAGAAUAGACAACCUCAGCCCUACCGGGCUUACGUACAUGUGCGCUGCUGCAGAUGACAGCAUGUGCGCCGGCGGAAUGGCUGCAGCGGCUCACCAACACGGAGCCGGAGGAUUAUCAGGCCACUCCAUUGUCUUGUGUGACAGUUUCUUCGGGGCCAACUCACAGCAAGACAUGUUGCGGACUUGGAAGGACACGCGAAGACUUAGCGCCUCCUCCAGCUUUUGGUUGCUGCACGAAGUACAGCACUUGGGGGCGAUCGUAAGUGAUGGUCGACGAUGCGUCGAUGUUCCUGAUCCCAAUGAAACUGGUAAGCAUCGACUGCUAUUCUGUCUCUAUACGUUCUUCUGUUCGAGACUCAAAGGCGCCGAUAAAAUUAGAAACGCUCAAAACAUGGCGUUCUUUGCAUUGGAGGUCAUGGCAGAUCCCCAGGGUGGUGCAGCACCCGGAAAGUCAAGUACCAUCAUGAAAAGAGACACAGGCAGCGUCUUGCUCGGAGGGCCUGAGGACCUUAUGGCCAGAGCAGAUUACAUCCCAGAUGCAAAAUACGAGGCGAUGCUUCGUAGGCAGGCUAAGGCAUCGUCAACCUGGAUCACGACGCACCGAAAUGGCACAAGCUCUCCGCCACCACCAUCUUCAGGGCCUCGAUCCAGUAACCAAGGACCUGUCUUUACCACCAGGCCACCUGUCCCGGUGAGCUCCUUUUCAGGCGCUUCAUUCUCGUACUCGUACUCUACAGCCCCGCCAACAACUGAGGAAGGUGGAGUUCCUGUUGUCCCCAUCGUUCCAAUCCCCAUACCUAUUGCACCAGUUGCACCAGUCCCCCCGAUCGUACCCCCAGUCGGUGGUGGUGGCGGCGGAAAUGGCGGUGAUAAUGGCAACAACGGCGAGAACUCGAAGCCUGCGGAAUUAAAUCCUCCGAAGACCUCAGAGCCUCCAUCCUCUCCUACGUCGCUUCCACCUACAUCGUCCUCGAGGCCAUCGCCUACCUCAUCG